CAUCCGUUGAAACAAAUUUAAACAAAAAUACGGCGUCUCAUUUCAUCUGGCAGCCUGCUGUGGGCGGUUGCAGAUAGUUCCGUCUUAUUUUCCAAGUUCGUUAAUCACUGAUAGUUAAUUACUGAUAGCUAAUCACUGAUCAUUCUUCUGUUCUCCUUGCUAUUGUUUACGGUGAUCGGUGAUUUAGUUGUCUAUAACUUUAAGAACAUAGGUGCAUCAUUCUGGUAUCAAGUGGUUUAUUUUGUUUUUAGGUUUCAGAAUCAGGAGCACCAUCAUGCCGCGAAAGAAUAAAAAGAAUAAACCUGCAUCAGCAGAGGGGAAUAAAACACCGUAUCAGGGGCGCAGACGGUGUUUCGGAGAAUAUAAAUGUCCAAAAUGUGAAAAAUGUUGGUCUUCUGGAAACAGUUGGGCCAACACAGCCCAAAAGUGUUCAGUGUGUAAAAUUAACGUUUAUCCUCAUCGUCAAAGACCAUUAGAAAGACGACCCAGGAGGAAAGAUAAUCGCAAACCCCACCCACAAGAUCUUUGUGGUAAGUGCACAAAAUUAGGUUAUAAUUGUCAAGAUCUGAACCUCUAAGAUUAUCGUCGAGAAAAGUCGUCAUGACAGGCUACUGUUAAUAAUUUCGUAAGUCGCAUAGAAUUGGUGAAAAUUAUAAUUUAGGGUAUGAGAGAUCUUCGAAAGACAAAUAAGAGUUACUCAAGAGCAAAAUAUUCAUAGAAACCUCACCAGUAAAACUUCCGUGUUAGGAAGAAAUAUCAGUGUCUUUCUCAGUUGUGACUAUAUUUGUAUCUUUCAAAAUUUAAAAAAAUAGCAAAACAUAAUGAUAAGACAAAUAAAGCUUUUUCUCAAUUUAA